AUGGAACUGCAAGAUAAAAAGGUUUUGAUUUUUGGCGGCACGUCCGGCAUCGGCCUGGCAACAACCCUGUUGCUGCAGCAGGCGGGUGCGCACGUGGUGGCAAUCAGUCGUGACCCUGCGAAGGCUGGCGAACUGCCCGGGGUGGCAUUGCGGGCCUGUGAUGUACGUGACCGUGAUGCGUUGUCACAGUUAUUUGCGGAAGAAGCGCCAUUUGACGUGCUGAUCAGUGCCGCGACAGGCGGUGAGCGGGCAAAUGGUCCGUUUCUGCAGAUGGAUCUGGAUGGCUACCAGGGGUCGUUUGAUAAAUUAUGGGGGUAUACCAACUGUGUCCGUCUGGGCGCCCAACAUCUCAGCGAACGGGGCAAUAUCGUGCUGGUCAGUGGCUCACCGGCGCGUCGCGCAAAACCUGGUCAGGCAGCCAUUGCGUCGGUUGGCGGAGCGGUUGAACAGUUUGUUCGUGCGGUAGCCGCCGAGCUUGCGCCGCGACGCAUAAACAUUGUUUCUCCCGGCGUCAUCGCAACACCCAUGUUUGGUCCGGAUAGCGAAGCCCGCGAGGGUAUGUUGCAGGGCGCCACAGCCAAAAACCUGAUUCCCCGUCCAGGUACGCCUGAAGAGGUCGCCCAGGGUAUUCUGUUUGUGGUGCAGAAUGAUUUUGUCACCGGCACAACCGUUGAUGUGGACGGCGGCUGGCUCUUAAGUUAA